AUGGAAGCACGUUCGCGCAAUCUUCCUGUCUUGGCUCCACCAAUGUUCGAUAAGGAGAACUAUCAAGCUUGGGCAGUAAAAAUGCAAGCCUACAUGGAGGGUUGUGAUUACUGGGAAGCAGUAGAAGACGACUAUGAGGUGGCUGCACUUCCUGACAAUCUAACCCUGAAUCAAAUCAAAAAUCACAAGGAGAUGAAAACUAGAAAAGCCAAGGCCAAAGCCUAUCUGUAUGCUGCUGUUCCACCAGCCAUUUUCAGUAGAAUUAUGGUUUGUGAAUCAACUAAGACAAUCUGGGACUUCCUCAAAGCAGAGUACCAAGGAGAUGAAAUGAUCAAGAGCAUGAAGGUGUUGAAUUUGGUCAGGGAGUUUGAGAGAUUGCAGAUGAAAGAGUCUGAGACAAUCAAAGAGUAUUCGACCAAGUUGAUUGUCAUUGCAAACAAGGAAAGAAUGCUUGGCACUGACCUCUCUGACAAUAGGUUGGUGCAAAAGAUCCUUGUUUCUUUGCCUGAGAGGUAUGAGGCAACCAUUGCUUCAUUGGAGAAUACCAGGGACUUGUCUCAGAUCAAGCUAGCAGAAUUGGUCAGAGCUCUGCAAGCACCUGAACAAAGGAGGUCGAGGAGGUUGAAAGGAAGUGUUGAAGAUGCUCUAAGGGCCAAAGUGCAACAUAGCUCUGAAGGAAAAGAGAAGAAGUGGAAAGGGAAGAAGGGAAGUGACAGUAAAUCAGAGGUUGCUGCAGGAUGCAGGAAACAAAGGAGGAAGAUAUUCUCCAUGCAAGCACUGUGUUGGCUUGUUGAUAGUGGCUAUACAAACCAUAUGACAAGUGAUAAGAAACUGUUUAGAAACCUUGAUAAGUCAAUAAAAUUAAGGGUGAGAAUCGGAAAUGGAGAAUACUUAGCAGUAGAGGGUCGAGGGACUGUGGCUAUGAAGAGUUGUGCAGGGAUUAAGCUGAUUUCUGAUGUAAUGUAUGUUCCUGAGAUUGAUUAG